GAGGGCGGAGCGCGCGUAAAUGACGAGCCCACGCUUGCUUGCGCGCGACGCUGGGCGGAGCUGCUCGGGCUCGGGCUGCGCCUCCUUACGCUCGUCGGAUUUGUGAGAUUUGCUUCUUAGUGCUUGUAAACCUCGAGCAGCCCAGUUUUGUCAGUUAAGGCAUUUGCACGGCGUCCCUGGAUUGCAGCAUGCACAGAUGCGUGCUACUUCCCGCUGUCGUUUGGCUAACCGAGCAGAUGGGCUAGUGACAUUCUCUAGUGAAAGCUGGGAAGAAUGUGCUCAAAGGGAAACCUGGGAAGAAGCAGCUCUUCAUCUGAAAAAUGUUCGCUUUGCCUCUGUUGUGAAUUCUUUUGUUGAGGAAGAAAAUUAUCAUUUUGUCACUAUAUUAAUGAAAGCAGAGGUGGACAUGACACAUGAUUCAGAACCAAAGAAUGUAGAGCCUGAAAAAAAUGAAAGUUGGGAGUGGGUUCCUUGGGAAGAAUUUCCUCCACUGGACCAGCUCUUCUGGGCACUACGUUGUUUAAAGGAACAAGGCUAUGAUCCAUUUAAAGAAGAUUUAGAUCACCUCUUAGGAUACAAAGGAAAUCAUCUCCAGGUGAACAAGAAGAGUCCCUGAUUUUUUUUUUUAAGACGAAAUAAGAUCUGGUUUGAGAAUGAAAAAUAUCUACAUUUCAGAAUCCAUUUUAUCCAAAAAGUUCCAUAUUGCCAAUUUUAUUUGCAGUCUCCUAAUAUACCCACCACCAUUUCAACUAGUUCUUGUGAAAAAUUUUCUGGAUUUAUGUCACGAUUGUUUCAGAUGCCAAAAAGUUGUGAUAAAUGGUGGUCAUGUGGUUAAUCUUUUCACAUUUCUUUGGUAUUUACUGUGCAGUGUCAAUGCCAGAUGCAUGGAGAUGAAGUGCAAUUCAAUUUGCCUUAGUGUUUCAGUUAAAAUAGAGAUUCUAAUUCAGAUCCUAACACAGUAUGCCUGUAUCAUGCUACUGUAUCACAGUAGCAUUUAUCAUGUCUAUUGACUUUCCUCUUCUGUUUUAUUUAAAUUUUUAAAAUGUUUGAUAAUAUAUUGGGGUAGUCUUUGCAAACAGAACAAACAGGGCAGAUAAUUAGGGUUUAUUUCCCCAGGUUUCUACUUAAGAAAUACAGAGAAAUUACAACAAACCAGCUAAGAUUUGUAUCUAGUCACUAACAGACCAUGUGAUACUGGGUUUCUCAUUUCAUCUUUGUGAGAUCCAGCAUCCUUGUAUUUAAAAUGAGGUGAGAUGUGGACAGUGAUUGUGAAACUACUGGGGAGGUCCUUGAGACCCUUUCAAGGCUAUUUAAGGUCAAAACUAUUUUUGUGAUACUAAGACAUUUGUCUUUUUCACUUUCUUUCAUGACCGUACAAAGGAGUUUUCUAGAGGUUACAUGAUGUUGACAUUGUAAAAGACUGACUACAAAGCAGAUGUGAGAAUUCAGCUUUUAUUAAACUAGACAUUAAAGAAAUUUGCAAAAAUGUAAAGCACUGUCAUGCUUGUCACUUUGUUUUUGAAAAACAGUUAACUUUCCAUAAGUUAUUUUUGUUAACAUAUAAUGGAUUUUUGUUAUUUGCAAAUGAUUUAAUAA